AAAGUAUUAUGGCAAAGUAUUUAAAUACCGCGACGCGCUCACAUGACGGGUUCCGACAGUUCCUGAUGAGAAGCGAUUAGUCUUCGACGCCUUUUAUAACGCCGUCUUUGCGUCCGGGGCAUGUUCGCCUGCGCUUUUGUUGGAGCUAUCUCUGGUUAAGCGAGACCGCAAGUCGGUGUCUUUUUAAUAACAACCGCGCGAAAUGAACAGCCGCGUUUCCGCGCUCGUCGCUCUGCUCGCCGCGAGCUGUUUUCUGCCGGAAGGCUCGAGUCAGUCGCUCGGGAGGAGAGUCUCUUCGUUCACUGAGGUGCGGGGCUUCUCUUGGCAAAACUGCGGCGCGCAAGAUGAUCCCGCAAAGAUGAAGAGUCUCAGUGUCUCUCCGGACCCCAUUUCCAUCCCAGGACUGCUGACCGCGGCGGCGUCGGGCUCGACAUCAGUAGCGCUGACAUCUCCUGUCUCUGUGAACGUGACGCUGGAAAGAGAAAUAGCAGGUUUGUGGGUGAAAAUACCGUGUCUGGAUGAAAUCGGGAGCUGUCAUUAUCCCAAUGGCUGUGACCUGCUCGAUCAGCUCAUCCCGCCGGGACAGGACUGUCCCGAGCCGCUGCACACAUACGGCCUGCCCUGCCACUGCCCCUUCAAAGCCGGAGACUACGCUUUGCCAUCGACGGACAUCAUUAUACCAGACGUUGAGCUGCCUGGCUGGCUGACCAACGGCAACUACAGGGUACGGAGCGUUUUAGGGAGCUCCGAGAAAGAACUGGGGUGCCUCAAAAUCAGCUUUUCGUUGCAUUCCUCCAGGAAGAAAGAAAACGACGUGAUCGUUCAAUAGGACCUUGACUUAAAGUUCUCCACAUUUUUUAUAUCGAUGAAUGAUGGGUCACAAUGAGCACGUUUGUUUUUAACUACUGACAAAUCUCUUGAAUUGUUUUUAAAUGGUUGGAUGUUGCUUCGCAUUCACUAGUAUUGCUUUAUAAACCACUGGACCGCACAUUGUGGGUUUAAUGUUUUUUAUCGCUCGUUUUAAUUAACACGUUAACAAUCCUUUGUCUGGUUUUGACUGCUGGGUUUUGUUCUCUGGGGUUAAUGAAGUUCAGUGCCAAGGGAAAACGCUUUUCCUCAAGUUUUCUUUAAAUGGGAAGAGUCUAUUUUUGUUCUCAAUAAACAUUCAAACAUGCAA